GUGGAUUUCAGGCUUCCCGUGGACUGGAAGAAUCUGCUCAAAACCGCUUGGCUUGCAGGGGAUGAGCCAGAGGCAGCCGCGCCGCCAGAGGCUGGCUUUCGGCGCGACAUCGUGGGUCAGGGACGUACCGUUGUAGCUCGCAAGCUCAGAGGGUUUUUGUGCCGCCGUUAUGGUUCGUUCCCUAAACUGCAUCGUCGCUGUAUCCCAGAACAUGGGCAUUGGGAAGAACGGAGACCUACCUUGGCCUCGGAUCAGGAAUGAACUCAAAUAUUUCCAAAGAAUGACCACAACCACUUCAGCAAAAGGUAAACAGAAUUUGGUGAUUAUGGGUAGGAAGACCUGGUUCUCCAUUCCUGAGAAGAAUCGACCUUUACAGGACAGGAUUAAUGUAGUCCUCAGUAGAGAACUCAAGGAACUUCCAAAAGGAGCUCAUUUUCUUGCCAGAAGUCUGGAUGAUGCCUUAAACCUUAUUGAGGAACCAGAAUUAAAAAAUAAAGUGGACAUGGUUUGGAUAAUAGGAGGCAGUUCUGUGUAUAAGGAAGCCAUGAACAAGUCAGGCCAUGUUAGACUGUUUGUGACGAGGAUCAUGCAGGAAUUUGAAAGUGACACAUUUUUGCCAGAAAUUGAUUUGGAGAGAUACAAACUUCUCCCAGAAUACCCAGGUGUUCUUUCUGAUGUCCAAGAGGAGAAAGGCAUUAAAUUCAAAUUUGAAGUAUAUGAAAGGAAUGAUUAAUAUGAAGAUGUUCUCUGAUUCAUUUCAAGUUGUUUCCCAACCCCUCCAAACAAUUAAUGUAUUUAACAUUAGAAAAAGACAGUUCUGCCCUGGCUGGUGUGGCUGAAUGGAUAGAGCACCAGCCUGUGAACCAAAGGAUCGCCGGUUCGAUUCCCAGUCGGGGCACAUGCCUGGGUUGCGGGCCAGGUCCCCAAUAGGGUU